AUGGCUGAAAAUGAGAAUCAUGAUCGGGAAGUAGUGAAUCAGAAUAGGACACUUAGAGAUUAUUUACAACCUGUCAGAACUAGCACACCUUCAUGUAUAAUCCAACCUUUGAAUGCAAAUGCCUUUAACUUCAAACCUGGAAUGAUUCCAUUAAUUCCACAUUUUCAUGGCAUGGAUUCCGAGAAUCCUUACCUUCAUAUCAAAGAGUUUGAAAAGGUUUGUUCUACAUUCAUGGACCGGACUUGCACUGAGGAGGUUAUUAGACUAAAGUUGUUUCCAUUUUCUUUGAAGGAUAAGGCUAAAACAUGGCUAAAUUCAUUGAGACCUAGAACCAUAGGCACAUGGCAAGAAAUGCAAACUGAAUUUUUGAAGAAAUUCUUUCCAAUACAUAGGACAAAUGCACUUAAAAGACAAAUCAUGAACUUUACCCAAAAAGAUUCUGAAACUUUUUAUCAAAGUUGGGAAAGAUUCAAAGAUCUUUUAAAUGCUUGUCCUCAUCAUGGUUAUGAAAAUUGGCGUUUGAUAAGUUUUUUUUAUGAAAGUUUGACACCUAAAAUGCGCCAAUUUGUACAAACCAUGUGUAAUGGAGAAUUUUUUGACAAAGAGCCUGAGGAAGCAUUUGAAUAUUUUGAUUACCUUGCUGAAAAUGCUCAAUCUUGGGACACAACUGAUGUGCAUGAUAGGUCUAGGCAAGUUGAGUCUGGUCAUGGAAAAUAUACUUUGAAAGAAGAUGAUGAUUUGCGUGCUAAAUUAACUUUGUUGUCUAGAAAAAUGGAAGCUAUGGAAUUAAAAAAGGUAAAUGAAGUGCAUGCUGUCCAUAAAAAUUCAGAGAAGUGUAGCAUAUGUGAGGAUCAUGGGCAUUCAACUAAUGAGUGUCCCACGAUCCCCGCAUUCAAAGAGGUAUUGUUAGACCAAUCUAAUGCUGUAAAUAUGAUACAAAAACCAUAUUCUGGUCCUUAUUCUAAUUCUUAUAAUCCAGGAUGGAAAAACCACCCAAAUUUUGGGUGGAGGAAUGACCAGCAAGUAGCUCCAGCAGCCUUGGCUCCGGGACCCUCUCAACUCGCAAUUCAAGCACCUCCAAUGCAAAAGAAGGGAUUUGAAGAGACAGUACAGCAAUUGUCAAACACCUUGUAGCAGUUUAUGCAAGGUCAAGCAACAAUCAACAAUCAAAACUCUCAAGCGAUAAAUGACAUUCGGAGCACACUUACAAAGAUGACUACGACAUGGAGCUCUCAAGA